CAUGCUCUUCGCUGGCGAUGUUGUCGAAAGCAUUUUGACACACACUCGAUAUAGUGGAACCGUAACACAAACAGAAGCGGUCAGUGGACACAGGUAUUGCGUGCCUAGAGAUAUCCAGCUUCCAGCAGCUUUCCUUCAGGUGGUAAAGCUUCGACGUGGAGCGGAAUGAUGUUUCUGGUGACGAAGUUUUGCUGCUUUUCAAUCGUCGUGACUGCUGUGUGCGGUCGAUAUGUGACGUCGACCGAUGCCGAACCGCAGCAAACCUUCCGCAUCACGCCGAACGACAUCGAGGCGAACCAGGGGGACGAGGUGGUGUUGCGCUGCGAGAUCGAGCACCUGGCCGGGCGGGUCCAGUGGACCAAGGACGGGUUUGCGCUUGGCUUCAGUAAUGAAAUCGUCGGCUAUCCGAGGUUCUCCCUCAACCAGAACCACAGCGACGGUGUCUACAAUCUGCGGAUCACCAACACGUCCUACGACGAUGCGGCCCUCUACCAGUGUCAGGUUGGGCCAGCCAAACACAACCAUCCAAUUAGAGCGCAGGCGAAGCUGACCGUCCUCGCUACACCAAAAGAUUUGCACGCUAAAUACAGUCGAGCGUAAAGAGCUUUUUGUGAGAAAUAAACACUUUGCUGAAUGCUACUACUACGUUCAAUUACACUUAAUAGUAACUUAAACACGUCCUGCACUUAUAUUAGUGUUUACUUUUAGCACAUGAGAGGUAGAAAAUGAACAAUGAAACGAAUGAUCAUUUUUCCGCAUUAAUGAAACAUAAAGUGGAAUGUUAGCCGGGAAAAGUUCUAAACAUUAGCGAAAACGAGAGUAAGAGAAAGAGGAAUAAUUUAUACCUUAUCUUGUACCUUACUUUAUCUUCCCUCAGUUUAAGUGGUCAAAAUUAACCCAAAAACAGAACUGCCCGACAUGCCAAACGCUUUGUACGCAGACGAACGGAUGAUUUUAAUUGCAGCAUGGUAGCACCAAACGGAGGAAAAAUCACGCACAGCCCACAACUUCUACAGCUCCCUUUCGCUUACGUCACUGCGGACACAAACACACAUACACUCGGACACAUACAGACCGAUAAUGUGCCGUGGCAAGCUGAUUAAUGGCAACGAUUGUGAUUAAAAUGUAACACUGCAGCGCGCCCGUACGUACACGCAGUCCGCAUUCAUUUAACAUUCGGCACGCGGAAUCGCACAUAUCACCCCGUACUUAUUAAUUGUAGGUUAUCGAUGGGAAAGCAACAAUAAAAAAAAGUCCAACCUUCACCCUUUGAAGUAAAAGCUUUAAACAAAAA